AAAAAGGCUUAGGAUGAUAAAAAAAAGAACUGAAAUCGUAAAAAUCCCUUGGUUCGGAAGUAAACUCUCAAAUGUAUGCCAGCAUCCGGACUACGUAUGCCAUACCCUUGUGCUGUUCAAUAUAGUAAAUUACUGCCUCUGUCCAAUAAAAGUUGACCAGUCAACGGGCAUCUUGCCAAUUUGCAAACUAAAUCAACAUUUGCACCUGAGUCAACAAUAUAUUGAACAAUCCCUUGAUCAUAUUAGCUCAUCUUGAUGUUUGUAAAAUUCAUUUCAUUCCCCGCUCUCUCUGUCAAAAGCCCUGAACCCGUCUCGUCCAGCAUCAAGCUCGAUCUGUUGUUUGAAAGAAGGUGUUUCCCUCGAGAGAUCAUUUUUGGCGGGUGACACAGCAGAGAAGAAUGAGCUCUGACGAAGAUUCAGAAAUUAGUGAGUUUGAGAUCGACGAUUAUGGAGAUAAGGAGUAUGAAUUGAUGAAGAAUGGGAAACGCAAAGUCAAAUUCGCAGAGAAUGUCUUCCGGUGUCCAUUUUGUCAAGGGAAGAAGAAACUAGACUACCUCUACAAGGAUAUCAAGCAGCACGCUGUUGGGAUAGCGAGUUCUCGUAGUAAGAGCGCUAAACACAGGGCAAACCACUUGGCAUUGUCUAAAUUUCUGGAGACGGAGCUAGCACCAGUAGUGGUUCAAGCUCAGCCUGAAGUUGAGGUUGAUCAGAACUGUGAUGAACUUUUUGUUUAUCCUUGGGUGGGUGUUGUCGACCUUCCUACUGAAUCGAAUGAUGGGAAGUAUGCAGGAAAAAGUCAGCUCACAGAGCAGUUCACUAGGCAAGGGUUUAAUCCUGUGAAGGUGCAACCUCUGUGGAAUAAACAUAGUGGUAAACAUUCAGGAUAUGCUCUUGUAGUUUUUAACAAAGGCUGGCCUGGGUUUUACAAUGCAAUGUUAUUUGAGAAGUUCUUCGAAGCGGAUCAUCAUGGGAAGAAAGAUUGGUGUGCAAAGAAGCAUCGUAGGACUAGUCUUUAUGGCUGGGUGGCACGAGAAGAUGAUUUAGAUGGUGGAAGUAUUGUUGCUGAACAACUGGAAAAAAUUGGGAACCUAAAAACUGCUGCCGAUAUUGUGUCCGAAGAAGAGAGAAAGACAAAUCAACUUGUCUCAAAGUUGGCUAAUGAUAUUGAAGUCAAAAGUAUGAAAAUGAAAGAAAUUGAGUGUAAAUACAAUGAAACCAAUAUAUCUUUGAGUAACUUGGUGAGUCAGAACGAUAGGCUUCAUCAGAAAUACAACGAUGAGCUUUUGAAGAUGCAACAGACCGCAAAGAAUCAUUUCCCGAGGAUUUGCCAAGAGCACAAUAAAGUCAAGUCAGAGUUGGACACUCAGAGGAAAGAGCUCGAGCAUCGAAGAUCAGAACUGGAGAAGCGUGAGGCCCGGAAUGAAACUGAGCGGAACAAAUUAGCCAAGGAAAAGUUACAGAAUGCCACGAAGAAUAGCUCCCUUGUAACGGCUUGUGUGGAACAAAAGAAGGCGGAUGAAAAUGUAUUUAAGCUAGCAGAAGACCAUAAGAAAGAAAAGGAAAAUCUUCAUAGCAGGAUACUUGCUUUAGAGAAGCAAUUGGAUGCGAAACAAGCAUUGGAGCUGGAGAUUGAGCGGUUGAAGGGAAACUUAAAUGUGCUGAAGCACAUGGGAGGAGAUGAGGACGCGGCAUUCAACAAAAAGAUGGAUGAAAUGUCUAAGCACCUGGAAGAGAAAGAGGGAGAACUGGAAAGUCUUGAAGAUCUCAACCAGGCUCUAGUAGUCAAGGAGCGUAAAAGCAAUGAUGAGCUACAGGAAGCUCGUAAAGAAUUAAUUAGUAUUCCCUCGGGCUUGUCGGGACUGAGAGAAAUGUCUGGCGGCCGUGCUCUAAUUGGGGUCAAGCGAAUGGGAGAGCUUGAUGACAGACCAUUCCAUGAAGCAUGUAAGAGGAAAUACGGCAGUGAAAGUAAUCAAGCUACACUGAUGUGCUCCGCUUGGGAAGAAUACCUUGGAGAUCCAGAUUGGCACCCUUACAAAAUCAUCAACAUGAGAAAUAGCCAUCAGGAGAUUAUAAACGAAGACGAUGAUAAGUUAAAGGGUCUGAGAAGAAAUUAUGGUGAGGAGGUUUACAGUGCUGUCACAACUGCCCUCAUGGAAAUGAAUGAUUAUAACCCUAGUGGAAGGUACAUCGUUCCAGAAUUGUGGAACUUCAAGGAGAAGAGAAAGGCUACUUUGAAAGAAGUAGUGGCGUACAUUCUUAGGCUGUGGAAGACCUCUAAGCGGAAGAGGGCUUAAGGUUGAUAGUAUGGUAUAGAACAUUCCAGUGAAUACAGUUGGUAGUAAGACAGUAAGACUUGUUACUUUUUAGGUAUAGCUGAAACAGAUGAACAUAUUAACCUCCUGAAUGACUAUAUUUUGUCAUCAAGGAAUUACAGUUGUGGGUGGUGCAAAGAUUUGUGGCAUCAUAGUAGUUUAGCUCUUUACUGCUGCUAGUUCAUCGGUAAAGUUAACUGAAAUUUCAUCAACUUACAGUAAUAAUUACUAGUUAGA